AUGUCCGACGAGAGUGGUCCUACUUCAUCCCGACGUGCCGUCCGCUUUCAGGAACAGUGGGUAAGUGGUCAACAAGUGUAAUGUCAACAACAAGCGUGGUGUCAACACUAACUAUAGUAUCCACAACAUCUUGUUUUCAGCGACAAACUCAGAUCCAAACUCUCGACUCAGACCAGGACUCCCUCUCCCAGUACUCCACCAGCACAAAGUCCUCGGCACGCACAGCACAACCUCCCAAAGUUGCACUAUCAACACAAGAAACCCCGAAUGUAGCCGCGGCUACAAAAAGCACUGCUGAGCCACUGCCUGAGGGGCCUUCGAAUUUGAUGUGAGAUAAUUAAUACGAGGUUAAACGUUCUGGAUUAAUUAGUUUACUGUUUAAGCAGUAAUAUUAGCACAAAACAGCUGCAAAUCUUGACGUAUACUUACAUUUCAAAACAUCACUGGCACGGUUUGUAACAUUACGACAAGUUUGGCUGUUUUAAAUUAAGUAACACCACUUGUUUGGAGUAAUAAUGUACAAACUUGAAGAAGGAAAGACAAGCUUUAGAGUGAAGAUGUGGAAAAUUAUAGUAGAAAGACACCCACCUCUAGUCAAGAUUUACAACCUUAUGCCAGUUAUUUAAACAAUACAAGUUUAUAUACUGACAAUUGUCUGUAGGUGAUAACAAGAACACGUUUUAAAGGUCUAUUUUCGUACAAAUCCAACACAGUACUCUAAGAACAUACAAUACAUUCGUAGUUGACCUUGUUAACCACCACAAACCUAACUACUAAACUUACAGACAGAACAGUCAAGUAUCCCUGACAGUAACCGAUGACCGAGAAAUACCCUCAAGGCUUUCGUUCAUCGUCAAGGAAAAGCUACACGAGUUCGCGAAGGACAUCAGAAGGCGCACCUCAGAAGUCCGCGAAGAGAUCAUCCGUGAUGUGACUCCCGAGCCCGAGGAAGAGGUCGACAACCAAGAGGACAAAGGUCACGAUGACGCCUCGCUGAUGUCGCUGAUCGGACUACACUCGGGAGACGCCGAGCAGAGCGAGGGACUGUACUGCGGCUUCAUACCCAAGUCUGUGAAUCCAUUCAGUAAGUUGUUUUUGGGGUCAAAUGCCUCGAAUCGCACGCCUCGCUGCGUCCGCUUGGCCAAAUAUGACACAUAAACUUUAUAUUACUGCAAGAUUGUAUAGUAAGAGCUUAACUGCAUUACCUAAUUCAUUCAAUUAAGGCGUGAGUUACAUGGUCUGGUUAUGUCUUGUGAUGCUCGCCUUCCUCUACAAUGCCUUGGCCAUCCCCUUAAGAAGCACCUAUCCUUAUCAGACUAGACGCAACCUUCGCUACUGGAUGAUGGUCGACUACACCUGCGACCUCAUCUACCUGCUGGACAUGAUCGUGGUGAAGCCAAGGAUGGUUUUCACAAGAGGCGGAAUUACAAUAGUAAGCACAAAAUACAGUAUGACACACAAUACAAUAUAAUUUACUAGAACUUAAAGUUGAAGAUGUUGCACUAAAAGUAUAACAAGUUCAAGAUAUAACCUUUGUAGACUUAACACAAAAGUUUCUUUCAGAAAGACCCAAAAGAAAUGCGAAAUCACUACGUUAUCAGUAACACCUUCAAACUAGACAUAAUAUCAGUAAUACCAUUCGACCUCGGCUACUGGAUUACUGGCCCAGUAGCAGCCUGGCGGCUGACCAGACUAAGUAAAUUAGGAUCCUUCUGGGAGUUCUUCGAUCUCUUGGACAGCUCUUUCUCCAACCCCUACAUAGUACGGUAAGUAAAAACAACAUUACCAACUAGAAGAUACGUAAACAACAAUAUACUUACACAAAAAGACUUGUCACACAUGAUAAACACCGUCAUCUAAUUUUAUUAUCUUCAGAAUCACAAAAACCUUCAGCUACAUGAUCUACAUCAUCCACUGCAACAGCUGUGUCUACUACAUGUUAAGUGCUUGGCAAGCCUUCGGUCAGAUCUCCUACAGAUUCCACCAACGGUGGUACCUCAACAAGUGGGUCUACAACAACCAAGGAAACGCCUACAUACGAUGCUUCUACUUUACUUCAGCAGUCGCUACAUCAACCGGGAACAACCCUGCACCAACGAAUGUAAUCGAAUACAUCUACAUGACAUUUUCCUGGAUGAUGGGUGUGUUUGUGUUUGCCUUGUUGCUCGGUCAGGUACGUUAUUUGCUGAACUCAACAUGUACCAUGCUUGUGUACAUAAUGUAUAGCAACAUGUAUAAAGUGGUUCCAGUUUGUUUAAGCAAAAAUAGAAUAACACGUGCUACAGCGUCAACGUAGGCUAUUAGCAGUGUCAUUCGAACCGUGUAACACGUGGUAUAAUGACGUUUCAGAUCCGGGACAUUGUCUCCAACGCCAACAAGAACAGCGAGGAGUUCAGGAACAUUAUGGACAAGGCUUUGGCCGAGUGCAAACGACUCGAUUUGCCCGAGCAUCUGGUCAACAGAGUUCGCACAUGGUUCAUGUACACUUGGGAACAACAGAAGACUCUCGACGAGAAGAAGUUGGUCGAGAAGUUGCCUUUGAAGCUACAGACAGAUCUGGCCUUAUCAGUACAUUACAAUACUCUUAGUAAAGUGCAACUGUUCCAGGUAAUCAAAACUGAAUCACAAUUCAAACGAUUUUUUGCUAAAAUUACAAAAAAAUUGCAAAACCCGUUUAGAUGUUGUGAAAACAUGCAAAUUCUGCAAACAAAGUCAACAAAUCUUAGCUUGUUUGGUGUAAUAUACACCAAGAAACAUCAAAUUAGACAAGCAUCACAUCGAAAAAGCAAAAAUAAAUUUUUAGAUUAAUUUUUAACACAAAAAAUAAUUUUCUAAAAUAAUUCUAAAAACUAAAAAUAAAAUUUUUAAAUAAUUUUAAAAACUAAAAAUAAAUUUUCAAACGUUUUUUUUGCCGCGCGUUUUAUUUUUCCUUGAUCUGUGGCCAAACGAUGCCAGUAGCAGCUUUAGUACAAUUGUGUUAACUAAUAAAUUACCGUUCUCAAAACAAAUAAGACAACAUUGCAUGCCACACAAACUUGAAAUAACAGUGUAAACAAGCGGAACAGUUGGGAUACAAUACUGUACCCGUUUCACAACAUUAUUAUACUAACCAAACAUCUCGCUAACCAUAUUACCGUCAGAAAUUAAAAUGUUUUCGAUUACCGAAACCUACUCCAAAUUAGGAAACGAGCAGAAGCCAGAGAUUAAAGUUUCGCAUUUAGGAUGCGGACCGUGCAUUGCUAAGGGACCUUGUACUUAAGCUCAAACCCGUGAUAUUCCUGCCCGGUGAUAUGAUUUGCAGGAAAGGAGACGUGGGCAAGGAAAUGUACAUUGUUAAUCAGGGGAUCUUGGAGGUGGUGGGAGAUGCCAACCAAGUCUUUGCCACGCUCAAAGAAGGCUCUGUAUUUGGGGAAAUUAGGUAGGUUUGUCCAAGAAUGGUACUAUAACUACAAACGAGAACAAAGAAGAGUAUUUACUUCGAAAGCAAAACUGAAAAAGUCAAAAACAUGCCCUAAUAAAAUUAAACACACCAAAAACCACCUAAACCUAAAAUACUGACAAUUUCAGCUUACUGGCCAUUGGCGGAAACAACCGAAGAACAGCCAACAUCAGAUCCAAAGGUUAUUCCACGUUGUUCGUCCUCUCGAAAGAAGACCUCAAUGAUGUGAUACGAGAUUAUCCCGAUGCCCAACAGUUAUUAAAGAAAAAAGCAAGGUAACGUAUAUAUAAACCACAGAAAUCACGUACUUCCUACGCCCAAAAUAAACAAAGAUACUGUUUGAAAAGAGGACGUACAUGCUGUAAUUGUUGUGUACAAAAGAGUUCAUUUCAGAAAGAUGCUCAAGAAAGACGAGAAAAAGGAUGACACUACCAAAGAAAAAGCACGAGAGGAACUCAAGGACAAGUGCCGAGUCUCAACCGACAUCAGGGUACCCAAGAUGCUCCAAACAGUACGAGCACUCCUCCCGAAAGAGUCCCAAACAAAGCAAGAGCUGGAGAAAGUACUGGAAAGUGAGUAAAUAGAUGUGCGAGUGUAAAUAGUAACAAAUUACGUAACUUGUCAAGGCAUGUGGGGGAGAGGGAUUACUGAGUGUAAACGUCAGCCGGCUGACACUGACCAUUCCAGGCAAAACCAGGAAUCGACGCAAACUCAAAAGGUGGAGCACCAUUCCCACCCAUUUCUCGGUCGUUCCGGAACGUCGUGUACCACCGCCCUUGCAACGUGCCAAGUCGCUGGACUUUAGAAAAGAAGAACAAAGUCCCAAGUAG